AUGCAGGGCUCCACAGUGCCAGGAGGCAGCGACCUAUUCACCGCAUCCAGCGAGUUUGUCGUGCAGGGGCCGACCGCCCUAUUCCUCGGCUCGGAGCACAGCUCCAGUGAGGACCCGGCCGGAAGCUCGCAGCAGUUUCGGCGCCCGGCGCCAGGCAAUCGGCCUCAGCAGCCGGUGCUGAUUCUGGCGGCCGCCGCAGCUCCGGAGCUCUACUUUGAGGUGCUCGUCAAGACCACCGGCGGAGGGCUGCAGCCUCUCGGCGCCGUCGGCGUCGGCCUCUGCAUUACGUCGCCGCCUGCCGCUCCCGGCGCGCCACCCGGGCGACGAUACCUGUACUAUCACUCCUCGCGAGGCGCUCGGGGCGACGUCUUCCCGCGCACGCCCACACACACGCGCGCCGCCUCUGGCGGCGGCGGCGGCGCCUUUGUCGGCGGCGCUCCCUUUGGGCCCUCCUUUGGCGUGGGCGACACGGUCGGGUGCGGGUGGGAGGCGGGGGCGGGCAUCUUCUUCACGCUCAACGGCAGGCAGUUGGGCGUCGCCUGGCCGCCGACCGCCCUCCUCCCGCUCCUCUCCUCGGACGAGCAGGAGGCGCUGCUGGCCGGCGCCGCGCCCGCCACUGCUCUGCUUGGCAAGCUGCGUGCUGCGGUGGACGUCAACACGGCGGGAGCUUGCGUCGAGCUCUCCUUCGGGCGGGCGGGCGAGCGGCCGCUCCUCUUCCGGCCGGGCCGCCACUCGGCAGGCGCUCUGCUCGACCUCUCCACUCGGGGCAGCGCCGCUUGCAGCGACGGCGCGGCGCUCGCAUCCGGCGCCGGCGUGUUAGCCGGGAGCGGAGCGGCGGGGCGGCAAGGCGCCGCCGCGCCGGCAGCGGCAGGCUCCUCUUCGGACCUCGCGCUGGUCCGCCCUCGUGCCGCCACGCCCUCCGGCGCUGGCGUGGCUGCGACUGGCGCAGCGCCGCUCGAGCGCGACGUUGUCGUCUCUGCGCUGAGGCGGCUCGAGACGCUGCUGAGCGGGACGGGGCCGUCGUGCGCCGCUUUGCUCGCGGGCCGCCUCUCGGGCUCGCUCAAGGCCGACAGCGGCGACUCGUCUCGUCGCGCGUCGCUCGGCGCAGUCGCGGAGCUGGCUCUCUACAGCGGAGGCUGCGACGGCGAGGAGGAGGCGGGCAAGGGGGGCGGCAGCGAGGCGCGCGUGGCGGCGUUCGUGCGCGAGGCGCUCGAGGCGAUGGACCAGGCCGCCGAGGCCGCGCGAGAGGUGCGACAGGUGCGAGAGGCCGUCCUCGCUCACGUGGAGCAGUGGGUUGGCGCGGCUGCAGCGAGCCGCGGCCCGGCCGACUGUGCGAGCGACUCGUCGAGCGGCUCCUCCGACGGAGAGGCGCUGACAGCGGAGCCGGUGGCGGAGGGUGCGGAGGGCAGCGGAGAGGAGGAGGAGGUAGCGGUGCUGCCGCGGCGCAGCUCGUCGUGGGCGGCGGAGGAGCGGCUGCGACGGCUCAAGCGGCGUGGCGCCUUGCACUCCGCCCCCGACUCGGCGAGCCGCGCCUACCUGCUCGGCGUCGCGGACCGCCUCGACAACGACGCCGUCGCGGGGCAGCCUGAGCUCGCGCGCGGCCUCGUCGCGCUGGAGGAGGUGGUCUUGCUCGCCGCGAGCCCGCCGCUGGCCACCCAGCUCUGCGCCGCCGCCCUCCUCUCGCGCCUCUCCCGCUCGCCCGAGCUGGCACGGGCGGUGCUGCGCGGGGGUGGGCUCGGGCCGCUCUGCGCGCUGUGGGAAGGGGGGCGAAAGCCCGUCGCUUUGGCCGGCGGCGGAUCGGCCGGCAGCGGCUCGGGCGAGGCCGGGCUCCUGGCGAGCGCGUACGCUGCAGAGACGCUGGCCCACCUCGUCAUCGCCGCGCCUAACGAGGCCCUCCGGGCGGCGCUGCUUCGUGAGGGCGUCCUCGCGCCGCUGCUCGCCAUCACCGCGCCGCCCAUCGCCGCGGACGCGUUGCCUCUCCCGCUGGCACCGAGGGCGCGAGUCUUUGCGCUGCUCUCCCUCCCAGACGCCUCGCUGGAGGGGGAUGCGGCCGCGACGCGCGCAGCCGUCGAGUCGCUGCUGCGCAGCGAGUGGCGCGCGGAGGCGCAGCAGACGGGCGCGCAGGCGCUGCUCUCCUUGGCGAGUCGCGCCGACGCGCGUUCGACGACGACGACCGAGGCGGCGGCGGUGCGCGAGGCGCUGCUCUCUGCCAGCGCCGACGUGCCGACCGCGCGCUGCGGCGUCGGCGCGUUGCGCCACCUCUCGCGCGCGGAUGAGCUGCGGCCGCCAAUGCUGCGCGAGCCGGGCUUGCUGCAGGGGCUCGUCCUCCUCUCGUCGGCCGAGGACGCAAGAGUGCAGCGGCACGCCUUCCACGCGCUGCUCAACCUCGCGACGCCUCCGCCCGGCCACUCGCUGCAGUACGAGCUCGUCUCUGGAGGGACCGACCCGCUGGUCGCGCCGCUCAUCGCGCUGCUGCCGGCCAUGCCCAUUGUCGCCGUCGCCGCCGGCGAGGACCUCGAGCUGCAGCACGCCGGCGACGACGCGUCGGCACACGCUGCUGAGGCGCUCAUCGCGCUUGCAAAAUCGCGGCGCCGGCCGGGCGCCUUUUGCUCUCCCGCGCUCUUCCGCGCCCUCGCGGCGCAGCUGCCUCGGCUCGCGACGCUCGAGGCACAGCCGCGCCACGGCGUCGCUGCCCUCUGGUGUCUCAGCGCCGCAUGCGACGACCCUGCCGGCGCGCAGCUCCUCGCGUCGCACUUUGCUGCCGGCGACCCUGCCGCUCCCGCGGCGGCCGAGUGGCUGGCGGCGGGGGCGCCUCGCGUGGACAGCCCCCAGGCGCGGGCGACGAGGCCUGGCUCUGAAGGGGCGGACGCGACGAGCGAGGCAAAGGACUCAGCGCCGUCGCCGCCGCCGCUCGUGGCUUUGGGCAGCAGCAGCUCUCACGCCGACACCAGCUCGCUCCUCUCGGCGCUCACCCCGACGCUCGGCGUGCUCCUCCUCGCUGCACUGCCGCCGCCGCUCGUGGACAUGCUGGUCGCGGAGCCCGAGGCGAUGGGCGAGGCCGCGCUAAAGGCGCUCGCCGCGCUCGGCUUCCCGCCCGAGAUGCACGCGAUCCUCCACCUCUCCUCCCACGACCCUGCCCACCUCGUCGACUGGUGGGAGCGGGUGGUAUGCGCCCCGCCGAAGAGCAGGCACACUCUCGUGGUGGCGGACCGCGAGCUGGCGAGCUUCUCGUGGGGCCCGGUGCUGGCCCGGCUCGUCGAGGACCACCCGCAGCUCUGCGCGAUCGGCUUCGAGCGGUGCGGCUUCGGACCCGACUUUGUCGAGUCGCUCUGCUCGCUGCUCGCGUCGGGCGCGCCGCAGAUCCACACGCUCUCGUUUCGCGGCCCGCCGCCCGCCCCUGCGUCGCGCGAGGCGUCGCUGCAGCGCGAGGCGUCGCUGCAGCGCGACGGAGCCUCCUCCUCGCUGCGGCGCGCCGGCUCCGCCUCCACGUCCGGCGGCUCCGGGAGGGCGUCGCCCCGCAACAGCGGCCCCGUCUCGCCGGCCGCGUUCGACCUCGUGGCAGACUCUCCCGAGCGCUCCUCGGGCGGCUCGAGCGAGGGGCCGCUCGCCUUUCUGCCGGUGCACCUCCCCGGCUCUGUCCGGGCGCUGCACCUCGAGGCUGGCGCCCUCCACCCGCACACGGCGCGGCUCCUCAUCAACGCACUGCCGCGCGCCACCAGCCUCGCCGCCCUCUCCCUCGCCGGCAACGGCCUGCGAUCCGCCGACGUGUCGCUCGACCUAUCCUCCAACGGGCUGACCGGCCUCGCCGUCGAGCCGCUCUGCGCCCUGCUCGGCGCGCUGCCCUCCCUCACCGCCCUCGACUUGCGCUCCAACCCGCUCGGCAGCGCCACGGCCGCGCGGGCCGCCAAGGCGGACUUGCUGAUCGCCGUGCUGACAAACAGCACGCUGAUCGACCUCCGGCUCGACUCGGGCCUCCUCGAGCCAAAGGAGGUGCUGCCGAUGGAGACGCUGGACGUGGCCCGCGAGCGCGCCCUCAUCUGCGACUCGUUUGGCGAGGCGCGGCGCGCUGUCCGGCUGCGAUUCGAGCACGCGACGACCGACCGGCUGCGCACGCUCGUGACGCUCGGCACGUGCGUCGGGCUGCACUACUCGGGGCACGGGGACCCGAGCUACCUCUCGAUGGAGGACGGGCGGGGAGGCGCCCACUUUGUGCAGGUGGACCGGCUGCGCCGGCUGCUGCAGGCCGGCUCCGCGUCGGGCGGCACGGCGUCGCUCAGCUUUGUCUUUGUGUCGGCGUGCUUCUCCGAGGCGGCGGCGCAGGCCUUUGUCGAGGUUGGCGUGCCGCACGUCAUCGCGGUGCGGCGCAACUCGCGCGUCUCCGACCCCGCCGCGCACGCCUUCACGCGCGCCUUCUACCUCGCGCUCGCCGUGGGCGAGAAGGUGCGCGCCGCCUUCGACAUCGGCAAGCAGGCGGUGGUCAACGCGCCGUCCGUGCCGGCCGGCGAGCGCGAGGCUGCCACCUUCUUGCUGCUGCCGCCGGACGCGCCGCACGACGAGGCGAUCCUGCCCAACCUGACGCACGUGGACCGAUGGGAGCCGCCCGCGCCGCCGCGGAGCACGCUCGCCGGCCCGCUGCCGACCGCCCCCGAGGCCUUCCUCGGCCGCAACGUCGAGACGUACCGCGCCGUCUCCGCCGUGCUCGACCGGCGCCUCGUCUCGGUCGUCGGCCCGCGCGGCAUCGGCAAGAGCGCCGUCGCGCUGGCGGCGCUCGACUUUCUGGUGCAGCGGCACUACUUUUCCGACGGCGUGCUCUACGUGGACGCGAGCCUCGCCACCGAGCCGGCGCACCUCGCCAAGGCGGCGGCGCCGCUCCUCCGGCUGCAUUGCCUGCUCGUGCUGGACAACCUGUCGACGCAGGUGGUCGGCCACGACGCCUUCCUCGCCCUCCUCACCGCGCUGGUGUCGGCGCCGCGCAUGCGGACGCUGCUCACGGCGGUGGCGCCCGUCGGGCAGCCACUGCAGGGUGCGGCCGAGAAGGUGGUCGAGCUGCUGCCGUUGUCGCCGCAAAACACGGCCCGGCUGCUCUGCCGCCUCUCGCCGCGUGCGCUAGUCCUGUCCGAGAUCGAGGGCGCGACCUCCGGCGCCGACUUUGUGCGGCGGCUCGCGCGCCACCCGGCCGUCGCGGCGCUGAGGGGUAACCCGUCCCUCGUCAAGUCGGCGGCGCUGCGGCUGGUCGACCUCGACGGGACGCACGUGCCGCCCGACGCCGCGGAGGCCCACCGGCGAAACACGUACGAGUGCGGCUGA